UGGAAAUGGGAUAGAAGCUGGGAGGGAAUAUCCCAGCUCAUCCUCAGAGCCACUGCUGCCGGACACUGGACCCCGCUGCUGCCGGGUGACAUCUGAGCACGUUUGUCCCACAUGAUAAGAGCCUAAAAAUUCAGUGAUAACAAGACCAGGUCCCUGCAUGCCACAAUCUCUCCAGGAGACAAAGGCCACCAGCUGUCACAUGUGUGGAAAGUGGAAAGCUCACGAGCUCAGCUUUUAGGCCAGCCUUCCUGAACUGUAGGGGGUGUGGCAUGCAUUAAAAUUAAACAUCAGUGACCCUGAGGAAGCUUAUAAAAUAGCUUAGGAGAAGCCAGUCACCAACAGAAGGCAUCUCACCUUGGAUGAUUCUGCAUGUGGAAACUUCUUUCAUCUUGAUUUAAAAAAGGUCCAUCUCCAGCCACCCAGCCCCAAGAUGGUGCCAACGCUGCUGCUGCUUCCCGCCCUGGCUGGCCUCCUUGGAGUGGCUGAGGGACAAGCCUUCCACCUCGGGAAAUGCCCGAAUCCUCCAGUGCAGGAGAAUUUUGACGUCAAUAAGUAUCUUGGAAGAUGGUAUGAAAUUGAGAAGAUCCCAGUGAGCUUUGAGAAGGGAAGUUGCAUCCAAGCCAACUACUCACUAAAGGAAAACGGAAACAUCAAAGUGAUAAACAAGGAGUUGAGAGCUGACGGAACUGUGAAUCAAAUUGAAGGUGAAGCCACCCCAGAUAACAUCACUGAGCCUGCCAAGUUGGGAGUUAAGUUUUUCUGGUUGAUGCCAUCAGCUCCAUACUGGGUCCUGGCCACCGACUAUGAGAACUACGCCCUUGUGUACUCCUGUACCACAAUCAUCUGGCUUUUUCACCUGGAUCAUGUUUGGAUCUUGGGAAGAAACCCUUAUCUCCCUCCAGAAACAGUGACCUAUCUCAAAGAUAUCCUGACCUCUAAUGACAUUGACAUUGAGAAAAUGACUAUCACAGAUCAGGUGAACUGCCCCGAGUACCUGCAAUGAGGCUUUAAAGGGAGGCUCCAUGUUCUUUCUUUUGCUUUGCGUCCCCCCACCCCGCCCCCGCCCCCAGCCACCCCUCACAAGGACACACCAACCCACCACGACAGAUCUCUGCAAAUACCAGAAGGGAAAUGUGACAGCAGAAGCUAGUGGUGAGGAAUUCAAGGCAAGUUGACCCAAACACUUAGCCGUGCACCACCGUGUUACUUUGCAAGCCUGAUAAUAAAAUUGCUGCCGACCUGCUGUUCUCACAGUAGAUUCCAAAUUGGACUAAUUAUUAUGGGGUUUUAAUUAUAAGCUUUUGUUUGAAAAUCCUUAAGCAGUUGUGUUGAAAAAAAAAAAAAAAAAAAAAAAAAAAAGCUAAGCACUGAACAAUUUAAAGGUAACAGUCCCGUUGCUGGAAAGGGAAAGCUGAUGGCCAAGACACAUUCCAGGUGACCUGAAUCCAGGUGUCCCCACCCUGCAGUAGGCAUUCCUUGAGGGGAAUCAUUUGAAGUUUUUGAGUCUCUGACAGUCAAUUUCCUGGAAGCAUUUACUUUCUCAUCAGGAAAUCUGCAGAGUCAGGCUGAAGAAUGAGCCAUCUUGGGUCUGUGCAAGGAGGAAGAGAAUCCAUAAGGGAGAAGCUGUGGGAAUAUUUUUAAGAAAAUAAAAUUUUCCCGGAUUUACUGGGACCCAGUUGCAUUCCAGGCACUGAAAAAUACAGAAUCCCUGUCCUCCCAGAGAAACUCACAGACUAGAGAGGGAGACUGACAAGUAAAGAUGCAAUUUGGGAGUUCUCAUUGUGGCUCAGUGGAAAAGAAUCCAACUAAGAACCAUGAGGUUGUGGGUUCGAUCCCUGACCUUGCUCAGUAGGUUAAGGAUCCAGCAUUGCUGUGAGCUGUGGUGUAGGUCGAAGACCCGGCUUGGAUCUGGCAUUGCUGUGGCUGUGGCGUAGGCCAGCAGCCUUAGCUCCGAUUUGAACCCUAGCCUGGGAACCUCCAUAUGCCACUGGUGCAGCCCUAAAAAGCAAAAGAAAAAAAAAAAGAAAAGAAAAGACACAAUUUGAAUCCAAGCUUAGGGAUGCAAAGGUGGAGGCAUGUGAAGGGAGCUGUGGGAGCUUUGAGAAGGUUUCCACCCCUGCAAGGCACAGGUACCUACAGGGUUGUACAUGCACGCCUUGGUGUGUUCCAGCUUCAUGGGGUCAGGAACCUCCUGCAGUUUGUUGUUUUGUUUUGUUUUUCUCAUGUUGGCUAUUAAAAUCAGAACAGCCUCAGAAUUAUCAUCCUGCAAUUGCUCUUAGCUCACAUACCAUUUGUAAUUGACGAAUGUUUUGGGAAAUGAAUAGAAAAUGAAGCCAGUUGAUUACAUUUUUGCAUUUUCAGCAUGAAUAUAAAAUAUUAAUUUCCCCGAGCACUUGAGACUCU